AUGUUCAGUAUAAUCGGUUCAUAUCGGUCGACACUGUCCUGGUCUCCACUGCCAAUGAUGAGAGCGCAUCAUCGAGAAGUUCGUCAUUCUGGUAUCAAAAUCCCUCUUCCAACACCUUUCGCAGAAGCAGAUAAACGUAGUGAUUUUCUGUUUCAUCCAUUCGACAACGCCUGCAAAUUUGUAAUUCCUAACACUUACGCCAGUGACAUCACGCAGUGGCGAGUCGGCGAACGUUUACGCCAACUGAGAUGUCCAUACGAGGAUUUCGACUUUGCGACAAUGGAUAGCGAAGGUUACAUGUAUGUUCAUCCACAUUUCACGGAAUACCCUACUAUCACUAAUGACGUUAAAUGUAAGGUUGUUUUCUUGGAAGGCGGGCUUCGUUCUAAAAAUCAACACUACGACAAAUUCGAAGAAGUGGCAACGGUGGAGGCUCCUGAAAACAAGCGCUUCUUUGCAAAUGGUGACGUCUUCUAUAUUCGAUGUCUUCAGAAAAACAAGGUAGUCUUCCAAAAACCAUAUGCUGGAAUAAGGGACACCACAAGAGAAAAAUACAAGGUCUACAUUAAGGACGACACAGAGUCAUUUGAUAAUUUCGGAAGACAACGUAACACGCCAGGGAAUGCUCCGACACCCUCGAGAUACUCUAUAGACAUUUUGGCUUUCGACUCUACUUCACGAACGAUGUUCUUGAGGCACAUGCCUCGAACAGCAGAGAUCAUGAACAGGCUCGGCUAUGAGUUUCUGUAUGGUUACACUAAGGUUGGCGACAAUUCGAUGGUGAACCUUGAACCAAUUCUUGCUGGUGACAUACCGGAGGCGUUGAAUGAGUCAAAGUAUGAUAACUCAAGCGACAUAAGUCACGAAUGGAUUCUGCCGUCAACGAAAAAACUUGAUCCAACACUUCUACCAUUCUUGUGGAAAAUGAUGAGCGAAAAAUUCGGCUGUCGUACAAUGUUCAACGAUGACAUUGCCGACAAAAAUCGUGGAAUUUUUCACUAUCCACCAAACGAGUUCCAGGCAGGGUUCACGUCUCCUCCCACAGAUCACUACUACCGGGCUUACUAUCUUGCUGUAUACAAGGAUUGGGUUUACGGCAACUGCAAAGACGGUGAACAAAUCCAACGCGAAUUCGUUGACAUAUGGCGUCGAUUUGCGAAUGUUUACAAGGAUGUUUGUCACUUUGGAUUCACAUUUAUAACAAGUUUGACCCACGAAGCUGGUUUAACAAUCGAAACGAUUGACGAAUUUAUGAAGUCAAGCAUUGAAAACCUUUACCUGAAUGGUGCGCUAGAUAACACGGUCAGCAUCAUAAUGGGUGACCAUGGGAAUCGUAUCGGACUUGUUCAGUACUCCUACACCGGUAGAAUAGAGGAGCGAAUGCCGCUGAUGGCAAUACGAUUACCCACCAACUUCAAAUCCCUCUAUCCACGAGAAUAUUCAAAUUUUCUUGCCAAUAAGUGGAAGCUUACAAGUAAUUUUGAUGUGCAUCAAAUGUUGAAGGAUAUCUCGCUGAUGCAUCUUGGAGAUAAGAAAGAGGUCCUACCCGACCGAGGUCGUGGUAUCAGCCUUCUUGAUGAGAUCCCCUCCAACAGGACCUGUCACGAUGCUUACGUCGCGGAAAAUUUCUGUACUUGCUUAGUGGAUCGACAUGCUCAGACCAUGCCAAAAGAAAAAAAUCCUGAAAAGAAGAAAAACAUUGCAAAUGAGAAGUACAAGGAUGCUAUAGUUUCAUGGAUCAAAGAAAAUUCGCUCGAUUACUGCCUUGAUCACAGUAACAUAACUAUAAAUGGGACCGUGGAAAUAUUAGGGCUCAACAAUCUUGUAAGGCACGGAAUGCGUUCGAAGGAAAACGUCACUGAAGUCGAAUUAGUGCGAAAGAAAGAACCAAAAAUGGAUGCUCCUGAAAGCGAGUGCUUAUUUGCAAACGGUGAAGUCUUCAAUAUUCGAUGUCUUCAGAAGGACAAAAAUACAAGAUCCUCCGUGUUCAGCUCAAACCAGGAUUUCCUUAUAAUUGUGAUUCCCCGUCUUUCAGGCUCUGACGAAGGCGACGACGCCGAAACGUUAACCGUAAUAAAACCUUUGGCUUUCGACUCUACUUCACGAACGAUGUUCUUGAGGCCUCGAACAGCAGAGAUCAUGAACAGGCUCGGCUAUGAGUUUCUGUGUGGUUAUAUUAAGGUUGGCGACGAUUCUAUGGUGAAUCUCGAACCGGUUCUUGCUGGUGAUAUUCCUGAGGCAUUGAAUGAGUCAAUAUAUGAUAAUUCGAGCGACAUAAAUUGCGAAUGGAUUCUGCCAACAAACAAAAAUCUUGAAGCUACACCUUUGCCAUUCCUAUUGAAAACGAUGAAGGAAAGUGAGCGGUGUAUUUUUCGUGUUAACAAAAAGCUUGAAGUAGGGUAA